GAGAAGAUUAAGGAAGCGUCACAUUAUCAGCAGCAGCCGUGGUACCGCGGUUUUCAUGAUUCUCGUUUGACAAGCAUACAGCAGCCCGCCACCCCGGCACCGGUUAGCUCUAUGACCAUGCUCCAGUCGCACAAGCUAUACGGCGACGCUGGUAGCCUCGGCGGCGCGAUGACCAGCGCCGCGAUGUCCACGAUGGGCAGCAUGGCGCCGACGUACAGCUCGAUCAACUCGGCAGGAUGUAUGCCUAUGGGUAUGUCGAUGGGCGUCGGAGUCGGGCCGAGCUGCAGUCCCCAGGGCUCAGGCGGUUUCAACAUGAGCACCAUGAGCACGGCCAUGGGGAUGGCCUCGAUGAGCGGCGGUGGCAUGGGUGCUUAUGGCAGCGCGUCCAUGGACGGCAGCGGUGCGUGCAUGAGGUCCGGGUAUAGUCAUCUGACGCCGAGCGGCAGCGCCGGCGUUCCGCGUGAUCCUCUCUCGCUCACCGAGCCGGACUCGCCUAAUUCUGCCCUUCAACGAUCCAGAAACGACAAGUCUUACCGGCGAGGCUACGCCCACGCGAAACCACCCUACUCGUACAUCAGCCUGAUCACCAUGGCGAUCCAGAACGCGCCCAACAAGAUGCUCACGCUGUCGGAGAUCUACCAGUUCAUCAUGGACCUGUUUCCCUACUACCGGCAGAACCAACAACGCUGGCAAAACUCCAUCAGGCAUUCGCUCAGUUUCAACGACUGCUUCGUGAAGAUGGCGCGAACCCCGGACAAGCCGGGCAAAGGGUCCUUCUGGACCCUGCACCCCGAGAGCGGGAACAUGUUCGAGAACGGCUGUUAUCUGCGUCGGCAGAAGAGGUUCAAGGACGAAAAGAAGGAGCUCACCAGGCAGAACAACAAGCACCAACAGCACCACCCUACCCCUGCAGCUGUCGCGGCCGCGGGAGCAUCCGCGACCCGACCCGUCGCGCGCAACAGCCCGAUCCCUUACGAACAGGCACCCUCAGGUAAGAAGAUCCCGUCGUCUCUGCAUCCCGGACCGCAGCAACAAGACGACAAGGAUCUCCAUUCCCUGGUCUCCUCGCACCAUCACCACCACGCGGCUACCCUCCAUCAGCAUCACGCCGCUCUGAAGAGCGACGCGACGGACAUAGGUGGCCUCCUCGGGCCCGACUUGGGCGCAGCCCACGACGAACUCACCGCCAUGGUCAGUCGAAGUCUCCAUCCGCACCUCAUCUCCGAACCCGCGGCUCUCCAUCACGGAAUGACCGGCAGUCUGAAACAAGAACCACCCUACACCGCCGCCAGCCAUCCCUUCAGCAUCACCAGGUUACUGCCAGGCGCGACGGCGGGCACCUCUCCAGGUGCCCAAGACAUCAAACCGCCCGAGAUGAAGAUGUACGAAUUGCAUCAGAGCUACGCCAACUUUGGCUCGCCGCAUCAUCCUCACGCGCACUCCGCGCCGCCGAGUCAUCACCAUCACAACGGCAUGCACACCGCCUCGAACGCCGGUCCCAUGCACAACAUGACCAACCACCAUCAUCAGGAGUACUACCAGAGCCCGCUGUACCAUCACGCGACCAGCGUGGCCAGCAGCAGUGCACCUCCGCCGUCCACCGUCGUCACCGCGGCUCCGGGCUUGUGACACCACGCUACCCACCACUACGCCCUGGCCUGAGUCGCUGCAGCAGCGGCCUACGCCGCUUCCGCAGCCGUCAACAACAGCCCGUCGACCACGGCCAACAUCGUUCUUCCUGCUGCCCAUCAUCGUCAACAGCACCCAACUCUCCAGCAGCCGCCCAUCUCUUCGUCCGCGUCGUUGUCCUCUUCGUCGUCCUCCUCGUCCUCCUCGUCGACGUCCUCGCAGCCGACGGCUGCUGCCGUGUCGUCCACGUCUCUGCGCGUCUCGGCCACUAUCCAGCAGCCGCAACAGCGACGUCGCCGACGCUGCGGGGACAACGAGGCGGCUGCUUGCUGGCCGCUCGUUCAUCAUCAACACGACUACGACGAGGAGGAGGAGGAGGACGACGAGGAGGACAUGGUGUGAGCCGAUGAUAGAACCGGAGAUGAUCGCGCUGGAUGGAGGUGAGAGUCACGCGGCUGGAUCCUCGUUGAUCGUUGUCGAUCGGGGACGGUGAUGAGGUGCGGAUGGUGCGGGUGCAGGGGGCGUCUCGACGGCGGACGACUGGAGGACGCUCGGGAGAUGGCCGAGC